CCAAGGCUUACCCAUGAGCUAAACCUUCUUUAGUUGGUAAUGAGGAAGGCGUGGGCUCUAAGCAGUGGACACCCGAAGGCAGCAGUGGGUGAAAACAAGCAAAAUAAAGAAAAGUUUGGCUGUGAGAAGGUGCUAGACAGCCAGCCAUAGUGACGAGGAGGCAGGAAGUUAGAUCACCACCACCAUCACCACCACAGGGAAGAUAAGUGAGAGAUGGGGAGGAGGAUUUAAAAGGACAUGUUUGCAGUGCUCUGUCAGCCCUCACCUGCGCCGCCUCCCCCAGUGAGCGGGUGUAGGCCUGGGAAUAGAACAUAUGCAGACGUCUUGGCAGUGGUGUAUGUCUGUUUGUCGAUGGUCAAGAAGAAACGUAGCAAAAGUUUAAGGACUCAAGGCGGGAGGCGUGACCAACCGAGACCCACAUUCACACGAGUGCCAUCGAGACGUGAUAACUGACAGAACAUAAGAACUUCACACGCCCCUGACAAGACACCCAGGACUCAGUAUGACAGACGCAGCAGGCCCGUCAGCAGGCUCCGGUGCAGUGCGGGUGCCUGAGAUUCACUGGGGCCGGGAGCAAGUGCUGGCUCUCAUCAGCAGUGUGGAGGAGUUCUUUGAGGAUUUCUAUGACGGCACCAAAAAGAAGAAGGCCAUCUGGAAUGCUGUGGCUGAGCACAUGAGGGAGAAAGGCUAUUACUGCUUGGGGAGUGACUGUGAUAAGAAAUGGAGGAACCUCAAGACAACCUACAUCCGGGUGCUGCAGAAGCAAGUGCACGGGGACACCAGCACCCGCUUUGAGUAUUUUGAUGCCCUGCACCAUAUCUUGGGGCAGGAGAUUGAUCCUCUCGGCAUGAGAGAGCAGGCGAUGAACCAGGGUGUGCCGGCGUCUGUGGUACCUGACAGCACUGUGCCAGCAGAGUUUCAGGAGCUUACUAAUGAUGAAGGGUUCCUGUGGACAAGUGACAUGGUGAACCUCCUCCUGGACUACAUCACUGAGUGCCUGGAAGCCUUUGCCACACCAGAUGCCGACAUCAGUGCAGUGUGGGAGGAUAUUGCUCUGCAACUGAGUCAGGUCGGGUCAGAAGUGAACAGUGAGCAGUGCCAGCGCAAGUGGCUGGGCCUGGAGGAGAGCCUCAGGAUGCACCAGGCACAGGCGGAGGCCACCGGUGUGCUGCCUCUCUGGGCCUUCUACACCCGGACUCGUGAGGUGGCCAACACUGUUAAUGUCCGCACCAAUGUGCAGAGACCCAGGAGGGUCAGGAUCAGCACACAGGAGGAGCCAAGACAGCCACAGAUGAGCUCCUGCAAGUCCCCGAGGAAGACCUGCUGGGGGAAGAGUGUCCUGGCUCGUGUCAAGCACAUUGAGUCCACGCUGACCAUCAAGAAGCGACUGGAGCGUCUGGAAGCACGGGUAGAGGCAUCCCGACAGCAGAAAGAAGCCACGAGGAAAACCAAUGUUCUUCUGGUGCAGGUUUUAGCAGAGCUGCGGAGGAUCAACAGCGCCCUGAAGGAAGAGGAGGAACCCAUUCACGGAGGGCCAUGAUAGGCAGGCAAGCUCCUGACACUGGCCCCACAACACCAACCAAAAGGCUGACAUGACCUCCUCUGAGCAGCUUGUGAGGUAUGGUGAGGUACAUGCAUAUUUUCACCUGUGAUUUUAGUAUUAGUGGAUUUGUUCUGUGAGUGAGUGUUAUGUGGAUGCAUGUUGAAGUUUGUGGAUUGUUUUAUGCACCAGUUAGGAAUUGAAGGUUGGCAUGUGAGUGUAUUGUUCAUUAAGAUUUUGGAAAAUAUUAUGCUAAGUGAUAUUUCUAUCUGGAAAGAUAAUACCUAAUAGAUUUUAGUAUCAAUAUGACAUACCUAUGCUGGAAUAUCAAUUUAAAGGCACUAAGGUAUGUAUAUUUCAAAGGUCACUUCUUCAGUUUCUAUAUUUGAGCUUCCCUUAGCAGUGGGUUGCUGUGAGGUGGCUGCACCAGGUGUCUUCAGAUCAAGUUGCUGUAGAGAGCAUGAGGGGGAGACUGACAUAUAAUUUUGAUCUUAGCUUAUCUUUUAAUGUGGUUUAAUGUAGGAUGCCUCAGUGAUGUUCAGUAAGCUCACACAAAGCUGGAACACCACAGGAGCAAGAGAGGAAGCUUUUGUCUUUUCUCCAAGUCAGAAAUGGAAAGCAAAAUGAUGGAAAAUAUUCGUCAUAAUCACUAAGUACAAAUUAGAAUAAUAUAUACAUAUUUAUGUAUGAUGUACUGUAGUUCAUAGUAGUAGUAGUGUUAUAGAUUCUAGAUUAUUUGUACAUCAAUAGAAUAACAAUGUAUAUUAUAAUGUUAAGUAACUUUGCGCCUUUACUAGUAUUAGAAUUUGUGACAAUAAAUAAUCGUUGAAUUAUUAAAAGCC